CCACAGCAGCAGCAGCCGCCACCGCCGCAGCCACAGCCGCCGCCGGAGGGGGGCGCGGCGCGGGCGGGCGGCCCGGCGCGGCCCGUGAGCCUGCGGGAAGUCGUGCGCUACCUCGGGGGCAGUGGCGGCGCCAGCGGCCGCCUCACUCGCGGCCGCGUGCAGGGGCUGCUGGAAGAGGAAGCGGCGCGAGGCCGUCUGGAGCGCACCCGCCUGGGAGCGCUCGCGCUACCCCGCGGAGACAGGCCGGGACGGGCGCCGCCGGCCGCUAGCGCACGCGCGGCGCGGAGCAAGAGAGGUGGAGAAGAACGGGUGUUUGAGAAAGAAGAGGAAGAUGAGGAUGAAGACGAGGAGGAGGAGGAGGAGGACAAUGUAUCUGAGGGCUCAGAAGUGCCCGAGAGUGACCGACCCGCAGGUGCUCAGCACCACCAGAUUAAUGGAGAGCGGGGCUCUCAGAGUGCUAAGGAGAGGGUCAAGGAGUGGUCGCCCUGUGGACCCUACCAGGGCCAGGAUGAAGGGCGGGGACCAGCACCUGGCAGCUGCACACGGCAGGUGUUCCCGAUGACAGCUGUGAAUAAAGAAGGGGGAUCAGCUUGUGUUGGAGCGGCUCCAGAUUCUCCAUCUCCGGUGCCUUUGCCUCCAGGAAAGCCAGCCCUACCUGGGGCUGAUGGGACACCUUUUGGCUGUCCUCCUGGGCGCAAGGAGAAGCCGACGGACCCAGUGGAGUGGACAGUCAUGGAUGUGGUGGAGUACUUCACGGAGGCAGGCUUCCCAGAACAGGCCACUGCUUUUCAAGAGCAGGAAAUUGAUGGCAAGUCUUUGUUGCUCAUGCAACGUACAGAUGUGCUCACUGGCCUGUCCAUCCGCCUGGGCCCAGCCCUGAAGAUCUACGAGCACCACAUCAAGGUGCUUCAGCAGGGCCACUUUGAGGAUGACGAUCCUGAUGGCCUUCUAGGCUGAGCGCCCACCCGUGUCCCCACCCCAGCCAGUCCAGACUGUACCCAUGGGGGCCCAUAGUCCAGGAGCUGGACGUGGGCACACUCAACCUUCCUAACAGACUCCAGGGAGGGGGUGCCCUUCUCCAUUCUCCCCCCUUUUCUCACACCCCUGACCUUAGUUCACCCCUCUCCACGCCAGUGGAGUUGUGGGGUUGGAGGACUUGGUUGGCUCAUUUACCUGGGGUCACCCUUUCUCCCCAAACCAGGACAUUUUUGAAAAACAAAACAAAACAAAAAAAACGGGAGCUUCCUGUGGCCCCAAACCCCUCUUCAGUUCAGCCAGAUGUAUCUUUUAUGUGUUUUGUUCUGCCUAUUCAUCCUGGUGGUGGUUUUUCCUCGUCCCACCACCCCCGUGACCUCCCCCUUGACCCCCAGCCUCUGGGGAACAGGUGAGGUAAGGGACCUUGGGUCCUCUUUCCCUUUCUGUCUGUCUACUAUUGUACCACCUGGCUGUAUUGCUUUUUAAUAUUGCACCGAAGGUUUUUUAAAUAAAACUUUAAAAAAAA